CUGACUGCUUAUCUAUCUUCAACUGGACUCCAUCUUCCAGGAACUAGAAAGAAGAACAAACCCCUGGACCUUCCCAGCUGAGACUGCUGGGGCUUAUAGGCAAUAGUCUCUCAAAAUAGUUGGGGGACUGCCCAGGGCAGAACCCUGGUUUUCACAACUACCCUUGCCUCCUCUCACCUUCCUGCCCCUCCGUUGCCAGCAGAAAGCAGAAGAAGCUAACUGGGAAAGUCAGAAGACCUUGGACCAGAAGGGAUGUUUGGGAGGGUGUGGGGUCUUGCUCCCCCUUAGCACUUCCUUCUCCCUCUCGGAUCUCUCCUCAGCUGGAGUGAGGAAUACAAUUCUCCACUGUCCAUCUAAACAGCCUGUAGGUUCAAAUCACCUGUCCACUUGUGUGUGCUUUGCAGUCCUGGGGAUAACAUAUACGUGGGCACAUGUCCAUGCUGGUAUUUUUCGGGAGGGUGAGAGUGUAUAUCAGGUGCCUCCUCCCAUCCUCUCCCUGCCUGAGACUUGACCUGGGGAAUGUGUGCUCCCUUUAUUGUGGCUGUCUCUGAAGAGUUCCAGGGAGGGUGUGGAGUUGGAGACCCUCUCUUUUUUCAUGUUGACUUUCCAUUCCAGAACUUCAGGGCUGACUGGCUGACACACAGCUUGAUGGGGGUGGGAUGGGGGAAUAAGGAGCAGAGAACUAAACUGUGGAAGACUCUGAGACUAAAAAGUGCAAAGGGGCUGCUGACUGGAAAGCCCCCCAAAAGGGACAGAGUCAGCUGGAGAUUCAGAACACUCAUUUAGCCCUUGCUCUGUCCAGUAGCCCAGAGAAGUUCUGAACUUUUCUAAUCUGCAAAAGUUCCUUCAUUUCUGCUCAAGCCCCAAAUUCCCAUGGCUAGGACAGGGCUUGUUGACCUAAAAGGACACCCCUCCCCAAGGAACAAAGUUAAAGGCUCCAGGAGCCAUUGUACCCCAUUAACUCACCUGCCAUCUUCCCACUGUCAGGUACAGGGGAUGGGGGAGAUGUGUUAGUACAAGAAAAUUCUCACAUCCAGAGAAGGUGCAGCCUGAUGAGCCAAGAAUAUGGGGACAGCUAUGGCUGUGCCUCUUCUCUGCUUGCUUCCCUUCCCGGAGGAGCUGGAGAAUGGGGAAUUCCUAAGAAUGGGCUAAGGGGCCUGACUCCCUGAGGAAGUGGUGGAAAUACCAAGGAAUGACUCUAUCUUGGUCACCUAAGUUUCACUAAAUAGUCUUUCCCAGGAAGAGAUCUUCAGGCUGCUGGACUUAGGGCACCAGCCCAGGAGGAGAAACUGAGGCAGGCCUCCCAUGCCAAGAGGGUGAUUGCAACGUGAGACCCAAGGGAGCUGUGCAGGCAGCCUCAGCCCCUCCUACUGUUCCUAGGUGCUAAUCCCUGCACGGACCACUCCAAAGAGGAUUGGCUGAGUAGCUUGGAGAGGGGGCGUCGCCACUACCUUGCCCAAGGGUUAAAUAGGGUCACAGGCAAGAUGCUGGGAAGUGCUGUAUUUCCUCGAAUCAGACCAUGACCCAGACCCUCAAGCUCGCCUCCAGAGUGUUGCAUCGCAGCCGCUGUGCUUCUGAGCUGGGAGCCUCACGGGGCUCCAGAGGCUCCGACUCAGCACUCCGGAGCUUGGCAGACAUCCCAGGCCCCUCCACGCCGGGUUUCCUUGCCGAACUUUUCUGCAAGGGGGGGCUGUCACGGCUACACGAGCUGCAGGUGCAGGGCUCCGCGCGCUUCGGUCCUGUGUGGUUGGCCAGCUUCGGGAAGGUGCGCACGGUGUACCUGGCGGCCCCUGCCCUCGUUGAGCAGCUGCUGCGACAGGAGGGGCCUAGGCCCGAGCGCUGCAGCUUCUCACCGUGGGCUGAGCACCGUCGCCAGCGCCAGCGGGCUUGCGGACUGCUCACGGCGGAAGGCGAAGAAUGGCAGAGGCUCCGCAGCCUCCUCGCCCCACUCCUCCUGCGGCCUCAAGCGGCUGCCCGCUACGCCAGGACCCUGGACAACGUGGUCCUUGACCUUGUGCGGCGACUGCAGCGCCAACGGGGACAUGGUGCUGGGCCACCCACCCUGGUUCGUGAUGUAGCCGGAGAGUUUUACAAGUUUGGACUAGAAGGCAUAGCCGCUGUGCUGCUGGGUUCGCGCCUGGGCUGCCUGGAGGCUGAAGUGCCUCCAGACACAGAGACCUUCAUCCGCGCAGUGGGAUCUGUGUUUGUGUCCACACUGCUGACCAUGGCGAUGCCCAAAUGGCUGCACCGCCUCGUGCCGGGACCAUGGGGCCGCCUCUGCCAAGACUGGGACCAGAUGUUUGCAUUUGCCCAGCAGCACGUGGAGCGGCGAGAGGCCGAGGUCGCCAUGAGGAGCCAGGGAACGCCUGAGGAGGAUUUGGGAUCUGGGGCGCACCUGACCUGCUUCCUGUUCCAGAAAGAGUUGCCUGCCCCAUCCAUCCUGGGGAAUGUGACGGAGCUGCUACUGGCCGGAGUGGACACAGUGUCCAACACGCUCACCUGGGCUUUAUACGAACUCUCUCGCCACCCUGAAGUCCAGACAGCUCUCCACUCUGAGAUCACAGCUGCCUUGGGCCAGGGGUCGGAUACCCACACCUCAGCCACUGCUCUGUCCCAGCUGCCCCUGCUGAAGGCAGUCCUCAAGGAAGUGCUAAGACUGUACCCUGUAGUACCUGGAAAUUCCCGUGUUCCAGACAAAGACAUUCGUGUAGGCGAUUACAUUAUCCCAAAAAAUACGCUGGUCACUCUGUGUCACUAUGCCACUUCAAGGGACCCUGCCCAGUUCCCAGAGCCAAAUACUUUUCUUCCAGCCCGCUGGCUGGGGGAAGGUCCAGCCCCCCACCCAUUUGCAUCUCUUCCCUUUGGCUUUGGCAAGCGCAGCUGCAUGGGGAGACGCCUGGCAGAGCUUGAGCUGCAAAUGGCUUUGGCCCAGAUCUUGACCCACUUUGAGAUACAUCCUGAGCCAGGUGCUGCCCCAAUCAGACCCAUGACCCGGACUGUCCUGGUACCUGAGAGGAGCAUCAACUUACAAUUUGUGGACAGAUAGUCUUGUGGAAGGAGGCUGUUAUCACCCUUUCUCUCAUCAUAGGGGUUUAUUAGGCACAGCACCAAGAGAUGUGUAUUUUCCCCUGAGGCCUGUCUAUCUGAUCACACUGGUCAGAAUGACCAUAGCAAAGUGUUUGAGGCAGCCCUAACCAAGGUGUGAAGUAUGCAUUUGGCCUGACCCAGCAGGCCUGGAGAAAACCAUAGUCCCUCUGCCUGCUCAGCCCUUCUCCUGGUUAUAUCAUAUGCGUUCUUCAAGGGCCAACUCAGGUUUUAACUAAUAAUGCUGGGUGACCUGGGGAAGAAUUCCACCACUGUCCUUCUGGGGCUUGCACAGUGUUCAUCGAUGCUGCUGGCUAAGCUCUUAGCACGACAUGAGCUAAGUAAUUGUGCAUCUGGUCUGCACCUGGCUCCCUCUCUCCUGCGUGUGAGCUCUUUGAGAGGAAGGAUGAGGCCUUACUCAGUUUUUGUAUCCUCUGCCACGAACCAUCCCUAGGUGACACCACACAGAUUCUCAGAUUGAAUCUAGACCAUGUGGCAGAAGGGGGAGCAGCUUACCAGGCUCUAUCUGCCCUGCUCCUUCCUCACCUUGCCUCUAGGAAGGUGAGUUUGCCCUUGCCUGGUUUAUGAUUUUUAAAAAACUAUCCUUGCCUCUCUGGUCACUAUUAAGUUGGCUUGACUUAGUUCCCAGGCAGAGACAUCUCUGGACCUGUCCCUGUGUAUGCCUUCCUUUUAUAUAUUGAAUAUUUUAAAUAGUCAUAGUUUUGAAAUAAAAAAAUUAAAUGUC